UCACCGAGGAGAUAAACGAAUAAAGAUAUGGUCCCUGCCCUCAACACUGCGGAAGAGAGAGCCGCGGACUUGCGUAAAGAUGUGGCUGCAGCAAGUCUCCCACACAACUGUCUCUCCGGACAUCGUCUUUCCUUCUCUCCAUUACUGGAAGUUUUCAGGUCACAAGGGAUUCAGGGGGACCCCGGGACGGGAAGAGGGCACAUUAAACUUUACAGAGAUAAAAGGCCCGACAGCUCCUAGGGUGUGCGAGGCGAGCCGGGAAGCUAGGGACAGCUGUUAACAGGAUGCUGGGGCCGCGCGCCCUUCGCGAAGGAAGAUUGUCCCUGCGCAGCCGCCGUCGCCGAGCCGGAAGUGAACCUGGUGGUCGUGGCAGCUGAGACCGUGGCCACGUCCGGCGGGGCUCGGACCGGGAGAUUCGGGAUGGCUGAGGACGGGGCUCCUGGGACCGCUGUGUGCUCCGAGCAGUUCGGCUCCGGGACGGCCCGGGGCUGCCGCGUCGCGGCCGACGGCAGCCUGCAGUGGGAGCCGGGAGGGUGGCACUGGCGGGGGUUCUCCCGGGUCUUCCAGGCGAAACCAGAUGGACGAGAUGGGGGUGGAGGGGGUUCCCCCGGCACCGCUUCCCGGACGCUCGCGGGGCUCCAGGCCGUGUUCUUGCCGCAGGGCUUCCCUGAGAGCGUCAGCCCGGACUACCUGCCCUACCAGCUGUGGGAUUCUGUGCAGGCCUUUGCUUCCAGUCUCUCCGGCUCCCUGGCCACCCAGGCAGUCUUGCUGGGCCUAGGGGUGGGGAACGCAAAAGCCACUGUCUCAGCUGCCACGGCCACCUGGCUCGUGAAAGAUUCAACUGGCAUGCUGGGCCGCAUCAUCUUUGCCUGGUGGAAGGGGAGCAAACUGGACUGUAACGCGAAGCAGUGGAGGCUUUUCGCUGACAUCCUCAACGAUAUUGCCAUGUUCUUGGAGAUUAUGGCUCCUGUGUUCCCAGUCUGUUUCACCAUGACCGUCAGCACCAGCAACCUGGCCAAGUGCAUUGUGAGCGUGGCUGGUGGGGCCACGCGGGCUGCGCUGACCGUGCACCAGGCCCGCAGGAACAACAUGGCCGACGUGUCCGCCAAGGAUAGCAGCCAGGAGACACUGGUGAACCUGGCAGGGCUCCUGGUCAGCCUCUUGAUGCUUCCCCUGGUGUCAGGUUGCCCUAGCGUCAGCCUCGGGUGUUUCUUCCUCCUCACUGCCCUCCACAUCUAUGCCAACUACCGGGCCGUCCGAGCCCUUGUCAUGGAGACCUUGAAUGAAAGCCGGCUGCGGCUGGUCCUGAAGCACUUUCUUCAGCAGGGGGAGGUACUUGACCCCACGCCAGCCAAUCAGAUGGAGCCGCUGUGGACAGGUUUCUCACCGUCUCCGGCUCUAUCCCUGGGGGUCCCUCUACACUGUUUGGUCUCCAGUAUGUCUGAGCUGCAGCAGCUGAUUGACGGGCACCAGGAGCCCUACCUCCUCUGCUGGGACCAGUCACGAAACCAGGUGCAGGUAGUUCUGAGCCAGAUGGCAGGCCCUGAGACCGUCCUAAGAGCCGCCACACACGGGCUGGUGCUGGGAGCCUUGCGGGAAGACGGACCCCUUCCAGGAGAGCUGGAGGAGCUGAGGAGAUGGGUGCGGGCAGGUCCUGAGAAAGAUAGCUGGGUGGUCGUGAAGGAGACGCACAAGGUGUUGGACAAGCUGUUCCCAAAGUUCUUGAAAGGGCUGCAGGCUGCCGGCUGGAAGACCGAGAAGCACCAGCUUGAGGUGGAUGAGUGGAGGGCCUCGUGGCUCCAGACUCCGGAAAAGAAGGUCUCAUGAGCAGCCCGGACAAGGACACUGGCCACGGCAACUUGUGGGAACGGCUGCUUU